AUGUCGCAUCCGCCACAACCUCCUCCACUCCCGUCACUUUCUAAACCCGAGGAGCAAUUUCAGGCCGGUACCGACCUUCCACCAUUGAUUGUAAAGCGAGGUGAUAGGUACAAUAGAGAUUUGGAAUUUGAAUUCCCCAAGUCUAAUCCCAAAUCCGGCUCAGUCUCAUUGCGCGUUAUUAUCAACCAGUAUCUCGGUACUCCUCAUGCAUCAAGGGCCCAUGCCGGUAAAAUCUUCAACAUACUAGGCCGCCUCCGCUGCCUUCAAUAUGCCCUGAGAAGAUACAACUAUGGCUUAGUCGAACGUACACCCGACUUCCUGAAAUAUUGGCGCCGACAUACUCUGCACCUUCUAUCUGGAUUCGGCAUCAACUCAGUGCAUAAUCAUGGUGCUGUUCAUAUCGCUGGCCUUGACGACUUGAUUGUGCAAAUUGAAGAUAUCUAUCAAAAUGAUAUUCGAGAGUAUGAGACUCUGAUAAGCCAAGGCAUGACGAACUUCCAAGGAUUGCUUGAACUUUUUAGACCUGAUGUUCCUGUCAAGGCAUCGUCAGUGGCUGGGGGAACCCCGUGUGUUUUUCGGGUGACAGAUGCCUUUUUCUCAGAGCGUCGCAAUGCUUUCGGUUCGUCUUCCAAAGACUUUCAUGUCACUCUGGAAACUGUAGUUGCUGUGGGUGAUCACUUCUCGGUAGCUACCUUUACAGAAGUGUUCUCUGGCUGGGUCGGAACGCAGCCACGGGCCCUGUCUGACUUGACCUACCAGCCAGUUGUUGACAUUGAACAAGACACCCUUCUGGCACGCGCAGAGAAAGCUGUCAGGUUUGGAACACGUGGUGCAAAGUAUCUCGCCUAUGCUCCGAGUACCUUCAUCCUUCACCCAGCUCGAACUCGGAACAAGUCUACUAUGUCUCAGUCAACGCACAGCUCGACUUCUCUUUCAGGCGGCCGAAUCAUGGUCGAUAUGGCUAGAAGUGCAUCUCUAGGUCAUCACCCUUGCCAAGGCGUGGAUGGGGCCACUCUAGCAAUCAUCCAACUCUCAUCACGAUAUCGACAUUGGAUGUCUAACAGUGACCGUUCUGGUUCAGUUGAUGACGAUUCUCUGUAUCUAUGGGAUGAUGUACCAAAAGAACUCUUGAUUACCUGCUGGCCAGCAUUGGUUGGAUUCAGCUUCUCUGCCAAGGCUUGGGGCCAUGUUCUCGUCGAUGGCCUCUCGGAAAUCAAUUUUCAGAAUCAGGCCUUCGACCGACUUGUUCUUUCACAUGAACGCAAGCAGCUCAUUCGCGCCGUCGUUCGUUGUGGAACAUCUCUAGACGUUCAGGCUCAGGAUCUAAUCAGCACCAAACAAGGCGGUCUGAUUUUUCUGCUUCAUGGUCCACCAGGUGUUGGUAAAACGCUCACGGCAGAAGCAGUAGCGGAGUUAUUGCACCGCCCAUUGUACUAUGUUACCAUGGGGGAGCUUGGAGUGACCCCAGACGAUCUAGAGACUAGGCUCAGUGAUAUUCUGGCCAUCUGCGCUGAAUGGGAUGCCCUGGCGGUUCUUGAUGAAGCUGAUGUUUUCUUGGAAACUCGCAGAACUUCUGAUCUGGUGCGCAAUGCCAUGGUCUGCGUCAUGCUUCGGAUGCUGGAGUACCAUCCUGGCAUUCUAUUCCUUACCACGAAUCGGGUGCGAAGUCUUGAUCCUGCUUUUGAGAGCCGAAUCACGCUGUCCAUUCGUUAUGAAAGCCUUGACCGCGAUGCACGUGAGCAAAUCUGGAAGAACCAACUCAAUGAUCACUCUAGGGUCGAUACCCAGACUAUAAACUAUGGAGAGCUAGCUAAUCAGCAGCUGAAUGGUAGACAGAUUAAGAACGUGGUACGCUUGGCGCUGAGCUUAGCUAUGGAUCAGAAAAUCAUGGUCACACAAAAGGUGCUACAAGAAACUGUCAAAGUAACAGCGCUUGGACUUGAAGAUAUGAAAGCGGAUAACACUUGGGAAAGCUUUACUCAUGAGAUGUAG